AUGCGAGCAGCUUACAGAGGGAAAAGGGUAACUGAAAAAACAGAAAACGGAAAUUCAAACUAUACAUAUCCUUUGAUUUCUCCAAACGCCGUCGUUCUAGCCAACCGGAGCCGUACGGUUCCCCCACGGAGAACCCAGGCUUCUAUCUUAAUCGGAGCUCCACGAUCCCCCUUCUUACCAGAUCAUGGAGCAAAAGACGAUUUUUUUGAUGAUUUAACGUCUUUAAUUGCAUCUUCUUGUGGUAGAGAAUUGCAGGUGAAGAACAAUGAUAAAAUCGCCGUCUACAAUCGUACACUUGCCACUAUUUUAGUAGAAUAUGCAUCGGCGGUUUAUGCAUCAGAUUUAACAGAACUAUUUACGUGGACGUGUGAAAGAUGUGAUGGUUUGACUAAGGGAUUUGAAGUUGUUGAGCUUGUCGUUGAUGUUCAGAAUUGUUUACAGGGAUUUGUUGGAGUGGCAAAGGAUAUUAAUGCCAUUAUUAUUGCCUUUAGAGGAACACAGGAUAACAGCAUACAGAAUUGGGUUAAAGACUUAUUCUGGAAACAACUUGAUUUGAAUUACCCUGGAAUGCCUAAUGCUAUGGUGCACCACGGAUUUUAUACCGCUUAUCACAAUACAACCAUACGAGCUGGAAUUCUAUAUGCUGUUAAAAAAGCACAAGAGUUUUACGGGGACCUCGACAUCAUGAUUACUGGCCAUUCAAUGGGAGGGGCUAUAGCUUCCUUCUGUGCACUUGACCUAACGGUUAAUCAUGAAGCCAAGAAUAUUCAAGUUAUAACAUUUGGACAACCUCGUAUUGGGAAUGCUGCCUUUGCUUCUUAUGGAAAACUUGUGCCGAACACAAUCAGAGUCACGAAUGAACAUGACAUCGUACCUCAUCUGCCACCAUAUUAUACUUAUUUCCCUCAGAAGACGUACCAUCACUUUCCUACAGAAGUUGGCUGUAUAAUAUUGGACUGGGAAGUGUGGUUUAUCAAUUUGAGAAGGUCUGCGAUGGUUCCGGUGAGGAUCCACAGUGCAGUAGGUCAGUGUCCGGGAGCAGCAUCACUGACCAUCUGAACUAUUAUGGGGUUGAUUUAACGUUCAUACAAUGGAGAUCCUGCACAAUCGUGAUGGAUCCGCGUGUUGCGGAGUAUGCAAAAACGGAUAACAAAGGAAAUAUCGUUUUGUCGAGAGAUCCAGCUACACUUGU